AUGCGUGAAAAAGUAUACGUAAAAGUUAUAUUAAAAGGCUGUAAUAAUGAUGAAGACAUCUUAGUUAAGAAACUGGCACUAUCUCGUGAGUGCGGUAUGAUAACUUUUGUUGCAAAUAGCUUAAGAAGAGUGUUUAUAGCGGAAGUUCCAACAUUGGCUAUUGAUUGGGUGCAAUUGGAAGCUAACUCAACUGUUAUUCAUGAUGAAUUUAUUGCACACCGUCUUGGACUUAUUCCUUUAACCAGUGAUGAAGUGGUGGACAGAAUGCAGUUUUCAAGGGAUUGUAGUUGCAGAGAUUUUUGCCCGGACUGUUCAAUAGAAUUCACACUAGAUGUAAAAUGCACUGAUGAUCAGACUCGACAUGUGACAACUGCAGAUUUAAAAUCUAGUGAUUCAAGAGUUGUUCCAGUUACUUCCAGACAUAGAGAGGAUGAUACUAGUGAAUAUGGAGAAACAGAUGAUAUCCUUUUGGUCAAGUUGCGUAAAGGUCAGGAAUUGAAGAUAAGGGCUUACGCAAAGAAAGGCUUUGGAAAAGAACAUGCAAAAUGGAUUCCAACAUGUGGUGUUGCAUUUGAAUAUGAUCCUGAUAAUGCUUUUCGCCAUACAACUUAUCCAAAACCAGAAGAAUGGCAGAAGAGUGAAUACUCAGAAUUAGAUGAAGAUAAGUACGAAAGUGAUUUUAUUUNAUUACAAGAAUAA